AAAGAAACUAGCUAUAAUCAACUCAUUGUUAAACGAUGUAAUGUUAUGCGUAAUGAAAACCACAUGUAUUUUGCUGUAGCAAUGAGUUAACGUAGACGGCCUAGGUUUCAGAUAAGGACUCUGUGCAUUUGGUAAAAAAAAACUAAUUAUUUAUCACUUUAUACUUAAGUUUGUGUAAUUGUGAGAUAAUGAGGAUUUGAAUAGUCGCCAACAUUACCAGGAACUGAUGUCCGUUGCUUAAUUAAUAUACAGACAAAAAAUUCUAGCUAUAUAUAUAUAUUUUUUUUAAAGAUUACAUUUAUCAUUAUAAUAUUUUAUGUGAUAUUACUUUUUGAAAAUAAAUUUUGACAUGAUAUAUCCUAAAAUGUUUGCAGCUACAACAUGUUGUUCGGCGUGUUACUUGUACUGAACAUGUGCGUCUUGAGCUACGCCGUCGUGCCAGAAACUCUGUCUGAAGGUGACAUAACUGCUUUCCUUUCUGGCCAUAACAAGUUGAGGUCGUCCGUAAACGUUCAAGACCUGGUUGGUUUUAAUUAAAACAUUUACAUUUAAAAAAAACAACAACUAUUAAACAAUAGACAUAAAUCUGAGUACCUUCGCAUAGAUUUUUCUUUUCAAAUGUCUUAAAGAUAUCAUGGCCUCAUUUUUCGGAUGCAAAUUCAUUUGACAUUCAAAUUAACGAAUACCAAAUAGUUAUGAUCAUGUUGUUAUUCGUAGCUGAACUGUUUCUUUUAAAGUAAUGCGAUGCGCUUGUCUUUCCAUGUCUACUCUAAAAAAAAAAAAAAAAUAUUCUAAAAUGCACUGCAAUUGGCUUUGUUCAAAUCUAAGCUCUAGGAAUGACAAUCUUUAUCAACAACUUUGUUUUUAGGUAUGGGAUUCCAAGCUGGCAACUAUUGCAGAGAAGUAUACUUCUGGAUGUGUUAGGAAUGAAACUUCUACUGGAUAUGGAGAAACUUUAUUCUAUUCAUAUCGUAAGUGUCAAAUGUGUUGGUGCAUACCUUGCCUAUUUAGUUAUACAUGAAGGGAUUAAUGACGUACACUGGUGUCAUUCAAUCAUUCACAAUUCAAAAUUUAUCUCUUUUUUUUUUUUCGAACUGUUUGUUUGUUUAAUAAUUAUAUAUCUAAGAUUUUACGUAUGAUUACCCACAGCUAAAGUUCGAAACAAUAAGAAAUUAGCCAGUGAAGCAAUAGGAUUCUGGGCUUCUCCGGUCAAUUUUGUAAAGCCUAAGUGGGAGUGUAGUAUUAAAAGUAAAACUGCAUGUGGAGCCGCUACACAAGUAAGUCGAGAAAAUUUAAUAUUUCUUUAAAAAUAUGUGAACAAAUUUAUUAUUUAAUGAGUUAAAGAAAAAUAUACGAUAUGUUUUGAAGAGAUGUGUACCACAUUUCCAGUGUCUCCAUAUAUUUAUAAUCAUAAAUUAAAGAAAUAGGUUACAAUAUACAAUGAAUUGAUAAAGAACGGAUAUCUUAUGAUGAUUUAUUGUUAAUUAGGAAUUUUUUUUUUAAAUACUUCCAUGGCUCAAUCCAUAGUUUUAAGAUGAAUUAUUUAAGGAUUUAAGAAAUCCAGAGCACCAAAAUGUGUAUUAUUCACUAUAAAGAAAGUCGCCUGCUUUUAUUAACAUAAUACAAUAAAUUUUAAACUAAACAUCAUUGAAGUACUGUAAGGGUGCAAUAGAUAACAUUUAUUUGUUUCAUUAUAUCAUUAUUUUUAUCUUAUUAUUGUACAUCCAUUCUUCAGCUGGUUUGGAGAAAAACGACACAUAUUGGGUGUUCCAUUGCUCACUGCAGUGAUAACUUUGAAAACUUUGUUGUGUGUUUAUACACACCCCGGUGAGUAAACAACAUUUUUUAUUCAAUUUUUAAUGCUACCCGUCAGUCCAAACAACUAUGUUCAUGUACACAUUAAUAUACCACUGUAUGUUUCCGCUCAUAUAUUUAACUGAUUUAAUAAAGAGUUUUUUAUAUUUUCAGUGGUAACAUUAUAGGGGAGAGUCCAUACUAGGGGAGAAAGCCUAUUUAUUGAUGUGUAGAAGUUGACGAAGGCUUCCUGUCGACACGUCAUCCACGUCGUUUAAUCCUCUUGUUUAAUUUGUCCUGUACCUUGAUCUUGAUUUAUCAUGUCAAGACUCACCAAGUUUUCAUAUGUAUCUUUUUGUGUCUGCAUACAUCUAUGUGCAUGAAACUAUAAUUAACUCCCUGUUACUAAAUUGUAA